UGUCGGAUACUUGACACCGGGGUAAACAUGACAGCAGUGUAGAAUGCUCGAAGAUCUUGUGGCUUGGUGUCCGAAUUAUUUUCCUCUUGAAGGAUCGACUAAAUGAUUAGAACAAAGGUUAGAUAAUGGUUAUUAAUAGAUUUAUCGACUAGCCACCAGUGAUUCUCGGCAGGAGCUCGCCCUCGCUGUACUCGUCGUGCCUCAAGCUGAACUGUGGUCAGGUUGACCUGCUAUGGGAAGGAUGGUCCCCAGUGGCAUACGGUGCUCUGUCUGCUCUUUUCUAGUCACCGCCACUAUGUUCACUGUUAUCUUCGCUGAGCAAGUUUCAGACGGCAAGGUAACGUGUGACGUGCCCUCUGUGACGGCGCUAACAAGCACGUCACUUACCUGUCACUUCCCGGAAGACAUCAACCAGACUAGAAAGGAUGUGUCUGUGUAUUUGUACAAAGAGAACGAAAGUCCAGACGCCAUCUUAGACUGCUGGUGGCUGGGAGGAGACAUGGACUGCUACUCUGCUCCCGGCUACAAACACACUAAGUCCAUCUCUCGCCAGCUAACUGUGACCAUACCGCGAGCUGCUGCCAAUCAGACCGGAACCUACGCGUGUCAGGUGGCUGGAUACAAUUCAGAUCAGCUCAGUACCUGUGACUUCAGCAUCCAGUCAGGCCCUAAAACAAUUUGUGAUGCACCAUCAGUGAGUCGGGGAUCGCCUGCUUGGCUGUCAUGUUACUUUUCUGAAAAUGUCGGAGAAAGUAAAAGAGAUUUCAAUAUAUACCAUGUCUCCAGUCAAGACUCCAAAGAGUCGGUAUUGAACUGCACCUGGAGUCAAGACAGUUUGACAUGUCACACCGCAAGUGACUACCAGUUUGACAGGAAAGUAACGAAUACUGCCACAAUGAAGAUACCCAAGGUGUCAGCCAGUCAUACGGGUACUUACUCCUGUCAACUGGCAGGUGCUGCACCAGGUGACUACGAGGACUGUGCGUUUAAUUUCGACCAAGGACAAGCGACCUCCUGUAACAUCCCGUCUGUCAAGCUAAUUGAGCCGGCAACAUUAACCUGCGACUUUGGUGUCGACAUCAACAAAACGAAAACAAACUUUAACAUCGUCCACUUCAGUGAUCAGAAUAAAGAAGGUGUUGAUGUGUUUAAGUGUAUCUGGCAACACAACGACCUGGUUUGUGACGUCACAUCGGGUUUUGAGUUCAGCCGCCCGGUGACUGACCAACUCGCCCUCACAAUUCCGCGGGCAAACGACAACCACGCUGGAAAAUAUUCGUGCCAACUACAAAGAAGUUCCAAUAAUGCCACGUACUGUGAAUUUAGUAUAGACUCAGGAAGUGACAGCAGCGUGUCUGUUGUUGUUGGAGUGCUCAUCCCACUAUUUAUUUUAGUGCUGAUCGCUGUGGGUGUCCUACUGUACCGCAGACAUCGAGUCAGAAAAAUACAUGAAAACUUUUCAUCUAAUGAAGAAGUCCACCUAAUGCUACCUACCCAAGCUACCGAUCAGACUACAGAAAGAUUGCAGGAAAGUCUAUCAGCCAGCAUCCAGACCAUGUACCCAGAUAUUCUCACCGCCUGCUAUUUCGUGCCUUCACUCUACAUCAACAGAAACACGUAUAAAAAGGCUGAUGUGGCGGGUGAGAAGGUCGUUGUCAUGGAAGCUAAAUCAGACGACACACUGAGGCACGACCACGCCAUCCAGCACGUCCUCAACUGUCUGCGCCACCUGGCGGACAGAGACCAGCAGGCCAUGUUUGUCCUCUCACAGUUCACCUGUGACGACUACCUGGCUAGUGUUGACGAGCAGUUUGCCCACCACAAGCUGCCGAUGCCCUCUGACCUCACACGUCGUGACAAGGACUAUGAGAACUUUGAUGUACUCAUCGUCCACCGACACUACGGUGUAGUGGUUGUGGUGGUGAAGGCGUCUGUCUGUACAGCAGACAUGGGGGGAGAGAAAAGUGACAAUGAGAGGGUUGUACAGGAUUUACGUGAAGCUGUCAAACAGUUGGAUGGAGCGGAGCGCAUGUUGAAGCAUCUCAUGGCGGAUGUGAAGCCUGAUAUUGCAAUACGCAAAACAUUGAUGUUACCGAACCUCUCGCUGAAAUCAUUUCAAGAAAUAUUGGAAAAACAUAAAGAUUUAGUGAGGGCUACACGACAUUGCAUUGGGCAGACAGACUUGUUUGACAUCUCCGGGGAGUGUUUAUGUGCUGAUCAGCUCCACAGUGACAACAUGGUCGACCAGCUACAGGUGUGGCUACAGCGUCACACUACGGGAUCGUCGACUGAUCCUUGCCUCAGUGAAAAUAACUACCAGACAAUUUUGUCCAGAUUCUGUGGUGCCGCCACUAGACCGUACCUGACGCUGCCUGACGGUCGUCGUGUGUGUACACCAAGCUCACUGCAACAGGCCGUCUGUCUCACAGGCGAACUCUUCAACUGCUCCAUCAUCCACCCUGAACAUCAGCAGCUUGUGACUGCAGCGCCACCUCGUGUCUUUCUGUCCGGACCGCCAGGCUCAGGCAAAACCACUUCACUGGUGCUGAUGGGGAAACAGUGGCUGUCAGAGGGCCACAAGGUCUGUGUGCUCAGCACGUGGAGAGAGAAUCGAACAUCAUCGAGGUUGUUGCAUUGCAUAUUGACAGAAUUUUCAAAAAGAAUGGACAAGUCACAUGCAGCAAAAGACCUGAAAGUGUUUCCGCAAUCCAUCAAAGUGGAGACUAAAAAUACAAAAAGAGAUAUUCAACUGAUAUUUGAGGAAGUGGACCUAGAGAAAAAGGAGAUGUUAAAGAUCAACAGGAAAAUAAACUACCUCGCAGCUUCAGGCGGCUUGUUAAUACUUGUUGAUGAUGCAGGCCCUUAUAGAGAAGAUCAACCACUGUUUAAGUCCUUUUGCGAGCAGCUAGUUGCUGACAAUCCGAAAUUGCAUCUCUGGGCGGCCAGCUGCCUUACUCAGCAAACUCCAAACGGUUGGGAUGUGAAACAUUUUCACAGGACUGUUUCCUGUCCACCUGCAAUACUUCGGGAAAAGAAUGUGUUGAUGUUAGCGCAGAAGCCAGGAUGCAAAAAUCUUGUCAAGUGGGAUCCCGACAACAUUGGUGUGGCCCCUACAGACGGCCUGCCAGUCAAGUAUGUCUAUCACCAUGGACAUGAUGUACAGGGUCACGGCCAUGGUUAUCCAUAUUCAUGUGAAAAGUGUUGUCAUGACGUCAUCACCUUGCUGAAAGCUUCAGGUUUGGAAACAGAUGCAAGGGACCUCGGUGACAACUGUCAGACCGCCUCUACGUCCACACUGAGGUCUGCAAACGGGGAAAGUGCCUCGACACCGAGACUUCACCCGACUGACGUGUUGUUAUUGGUUGAGCUUGAAGAUUGUGAGGACACGGACCUUUAUAAUACAAAAUUGUGUAAAAUUUGUAAAAAGUUUGGCUUUAGCGUAAAAAUAGGGAACAAUGUAGAGAGGGAUUUUUCUUCUCAAAUCGUCGGUCGUCAUUUGUGGAUUUCAAGUGCAACACAUUUUAGAGGCGUUAAAAAAAAAGUUGUGGUGUAUAUGGAGGGGCGAGGACAGUCAAAUGUAUCGCUAGAGUGGAUGAGACUUCGAGGUGUCACCAGCUGUACAUCUCAGCUCAUCUGGGUCAAGGACGCAGCAUCGUCUCAUCCAGAAGCAUAGUUAUGUACAUGUAGCAGAAUGUGAAUACAAGGAUUGUUGUUUUAGUCUUACAGAUAUGUAUUUAAAAUAGGAUUUCGUUCGCACUCCAUUUCAUUAGUAUUUCUUGCCUUGAGGCACGGUGCUUUUUUAAUAAUGUGCAUAGAAAGGAAUAUUGAAAUUUUGAACAUAGAAAAUACAGUUUAUUAUAAUAGAGACAUUUCUCCCUGAUGUAAAUAACGAAAGACUGGUCUGAUAUUUUCAGGCGUAUUUGUUUUUGAAACUUCAGGUAUCAUGUACUUCUGUUUUACUCUCUUUCAAUCCCAGAAAUUAUUUUUACAUAACUAAAGACAUGGUCGUCGGUAAUGGUAAAGCAGAUAUUAUGAUACACAUGGAAGAGGUAAAUAGUUUUAGGUUGUUAGGAGUGACACUAACCCUUAUCAUGACUUUCUGAGAUAGAGAAAAGAUUUGUAUAAACAAUAUCUCCUACUGGUAGGAGAUA